CUUGUGCGGCAGCGGCGGCGGUCACUCGGCACUCCUUCGCGACGGUUCGGCCUGGAGCCGCGAGCGGCCGUUGCCAGGGUGGGGGUCGCUUUGCGGCAUGGCGAUGGCGGAGGGCGAGAGGACUGAGUGUGCUGAGCCCCCCCGGGACGAACCCCCAGCCGAUGGCAGUCUGAAGCGGGCAGAGGAGCUCAAGACACAAGCCAACGAUUACUUCAAAGCCAAGGACUACGAGAACGCUAUCAAGUUCUACAGUCAGGCCAUCGAGUUGAACCCCAACAAUGCCAUCUACUAUGGCAACCGCAGCCUGGCCUACCUGCGCACUGAGUGCUAUGGCUAUGCACUGGGCGAUGCCACGCGGUCCGUCGAGCUUGACAAGAAGUACAUCAAAGGCUACUACCGUCGGGCAGCCAGCAACAUGGCACUGGGCAAGUUCCGGGCUGCCCUGCGUGACUACGAGACGGUGGUGAAGGUGAAGCCUAAUGACAAGGAUGCCAAGAUAAAGUACCAGGAGUGCAGCAAGAUUGUGAAGCAGAAGGCCUUCGAGAGAGCCAUUGCGGGCGACGAGCACAGACGCUCUGUCGUGGACUCUCUGGACAUCGAAAGCAUGACCAUUGAAGAUGAAUACAGCGGGCCCAAGCUUGAGGAUGGCAAAGUGACAAUCACCUUCAUGAAAGACCUCAUGCAGUGGUACAAGGAUCAGAAGAAAUUGCACCGGAAGUGCGCCUACCAGAUCCUAGUACAGGUGAAAGAAGUCCUCUGCAAGCUGAGCACGCUGGUGGAGACGACACUGAAAGAGACAGAGAAGAUUACAGUGUGCGGGGACACCCAUGGCCAGUUCUAUGACCUCCUCAACAUAUUUGAGCUCAACGGUUUACCCUCAGAGACCAACCCCUAUAUAUUUAAUGGCGACUUUGUGGACCGAGGCUCCUUCUCUGUCGAAGUCAUCCUCACCCUCUUUGGCUUUAAGCUGCUGUAUCCAGACCAUUUUCAUCUACUUCGAGGCAACCACGAGACAGACAACAUGAACCAGAUCUAUGGGUUCGAGGGCGAGGUGAAGGCCAAGUACACAGCCCAGAUGUACGAGCUCUUCAGCGAGGUGUUCGAGUGGCUUCCGCUGGCACAGUGCAUCAAUGGCAAAGUGCUGAUCAUGCAUGGAGGCCUGUUCAGUGAAGAUGGUGUCACUCUGGAUGACAUCCGGAAGAUUGAGCGGAAUCGGCAGCCCCCAGACUCAGGUCCCAUGUGUGACCUGCUGUGGUCAGAUCCCCAGCCACAGAAUGGGCGCUCCGUCAGCAAGCGUGGCGUGAGUUGCCAGUUUGGACCCGAUGUCACCAAGGCCUUCCUGGAGGAGAAUCAACUGGACUACAUCAUCCGCAGCCAUGAAGUCAAAGCUGAGGGCUACGAAGUGGCCCAUGGUGGCCUCUGUGUCACCGUCUUCUCUGCCCCCAACUAUUGUGACCAGAUGGGAAACAAAGCCUCCUACAUCCACCUCCAGGGCUCCGACCUGCGGCCCCAGUUCCACCAAUUCACAGCAGUGCCUCACCCCAAUGUCAAGCCCAUGGCAUACGCCAACACGCUGCUGCAGCUAGGGAUGAUGUGAGGCUGUCUACAGCAGUAAACCAGGGCCUGCCCAGCUGGAUGGCCCCGCCUUCGGCCUGCUGCCCCGCCCCAGGGCAACGUUGGACCCCCUUUUACUUUGUAAAGUUUGUAUUUAUUCCCCUUUAGGUUGCAGAGGGGGUGGGGGCAGCGUGGGGCAGCAGACCACAGGCUCCUGGUCAGAGGAAGGAGGAGUUGAGACUGGGGGUAGGGCACAGCCUGGGCAUUUGGAGGAAGGCCAACUUUGGCAGGGGUGAGGCUGAGAGGAGGUCUUGCCCCCUCACCUGCAUGGCUCCUCCCCUGGUAAAGCAAUAGGACCCUGCCAUAGGAAGACCCCAAAAGAGGGUCAUCAGGGAGGCCUCCUCCUGGUAGGCUCAGGAUGGGGCAAGGCUGGGGCCCACCCCCCAGCUAUUUUAUGUUCUGUAAUUAAAUAUGUUAAAAUAAAAUAAAGUCAUUAUUGUAAGUCAAA